GACGCGGUUCACUCCCUGACCUGUGCCCUGAUGCUGCUCAACACCGACCUCCACGGGCAGCGCCUCGGCCGCCCCAUGAGCAGCGCCCAGUUCGUGGCCAACCUGCGCGGGAUGAUGGACGGGGAGGACUUCCCCCGGCAGCAGCUCCAGGCUCUCUACGGCUCCAUCCGCAGGCAGGAGCUGCCGUGGGCGCUGUGAGAUGGGCAGGAGGAGGAGGCCCCCCCCGGCCCCAGGAGCAGCGAAUCCCGGCCGGAGCUGCCGGGGGGGGCCGCGGCCGUCACCCACCGGGGCUGCUUGGCCAGGAAGGUGCUGGCCGAGGCCGGGGGCAGAAAGAGGCGGGGGCCCCCCCCGAGGCGCCGCUGGGGGUGCACCACGCUCUGGCCGAGCGCGCCCCCGCUUACACCAAGCGCCCCGACGUGUUCCGCCUGCGCGCGGCCGACGGGAGCCGCUUCCUCUUCCAAGCGCCGACGCCCCGGGAGAUGCUGGCCUGGAUCGAGCGCCUCAACCUGGCGGCCGCGCUCCUCUCCGCGCCCCCGUUCCCCGCCGCCGUCGGGUCCCAGCGCGGCCCCGCGCGGCCCCUGCUGCCCGCGGCGCUCAGCCGCAGCCCCCCGGAGGAGCAGCGCCGGAGCCACGCGGCCUGGAUGGAGCGGGUGGAGCGGGAGCUGCGGCAGCGGCAGCGCCACGGGCCCGGCCCCGACCCGCGGCAGCACCGGCGGGACACGGAGCUGCUGCUGCACGAGCGCCGGCGCUACGAGACCUACGUGCGGGUGCUGGACUCGUGGCUCCGCGGCCGGGCCGAGCCGGGCUGGGAGGCGGAGGCGGAGCCGGGAGCGGCCCCCCGGGCCCCCCCCGCGCUGAGCAGGGCGCGCUCCAGCCCCUCCCUGGGCCCCGGCCCCGCCGCGGCCCCCCCGCCCGCGUCCGCAGGAACGAGUCCGAGCGGGGAACGCUGCGGAGCCUCGUGGGCCGGCGGCUGCGGGAGCGGCCCUGAGCGGGGGGGGCACGGGGGGAGCGCGGGGCUGGGGGAGCCCAUCCCCGGUUCCCACCUCGCUCCCGGUAGGAAGCGAUGCCCCGGGCCCGAGUGA